UCCAGCUGACUGAUAACAACAUUGCAGGCCGGUCGCUUAGGUAGCAGUAGGCAGGGUGGAGAAGCACGCCUACAACCAACUGUUUAAAAACAUUUCUGUCAACAAUCAGAAGCUACCUUUAACCAGUUGGUUUGCUACAUCACUUUUCAAGUAUUUCAACUUCAGGGUAGUCCGAAAUCGCAGUCGUCGAGCUUGGAAAGGGGGGAGGCUACCAGCGAGAGGCAGCUUUUAGGCUUGGUGGAGAGGGAAACAUUGGCUAUAUCCUCGGACUGAACAUGGCAAUGUCCCUCAUCCAAGCCUGCCGCAGUCUAGCUCUAUCAACAUGGCUGCUAUCCUUUUGCUUCGUGCAUUUGCUGUGCCUGGACUUUACGGUGGCGGAGAAAGAAGAAUGGUACACCGCGUUUGUCAACGUUACUUAUGUGGAUCCCGUGACUUCAGAAAUCAAAACAGAGAAGACUGAGUGUGGAAGAUAUGGCGAGCACUCCCCCAAGAAAGAAGCAAGAGGGCAAGUGUUGAUGCCUUUGCUUUUGCAAGAGAGACAAGCUUGCGACCCGAACGCUAAGUAUCCCCUGCCUUAUCAAAACAAUGCUUGGAUGGCGUUGAUAGCUGCGGGGAAUUGUACAUUCAGAGAUAAAAUUCGCAACGUCGCUGCACUCCACAACGCAUCUGCAGUCUUAAUUUAUAACGUGGGCUCCACUAAUAUCAACGAUACCAUAACAAUGCCUCAUCAAGGUACGGGGGAUAUCGUGGCGAUCAUGAUUCCGGAACCCAAGGGUCGGGAGAUCGCUGCUCUACUAGAACGCAACGUCACGGUGACCAUGCACAUCACCAUAGGAACGAGGAACCUUCAGAAGUAUGUGAGCAGAACGUCGGUGGUGUUUGUCUCCAUCUCCUUCAUCGUCCUGAUGAUCAUCUCCCUGGCAUGGCUCAUCUUCUACUACAUACAGCGGUUCAGAUACGCCAACGCUCGCGACCGCAAUCAGAGACGUCUCGGAGACGCAGCCAAGAAGGCCAUCAGUAAGCUCCAAGUACGAACCAUCAGGAAAGGAGACAAGGAAACGGAGUCUGACUUUGACAACUGUGCUGUGUGCAUCGAGGGCUAUAAAGCGAAUGAUGUUGUUAGGAUAUUGCCGUGCAGGCACAUCUUCCAUAAAAGCUGUGUGGACCCCUGGCUUCUGGACCAUCGGACCUGUCCCAUGUGUAAAAUGAACAUCCUCAAAACGCUGGGAAUACCACCCAACUUUGACUGUGGGGGUGACAUUCCGCCAGACUAUGAGAUGUCAGUGGGAGGCCCGCCCACCAACGCAAUCACAGGGGCCAGAGACAUCACAGUGAACGGGGAGGAGAGCUCGGUGGUGCUGGACACGGUGGACAUGGACAGGACGAUAGGGCUGCCUCAGGUCUACCACGACGCACACGAGACACUACCACAGGCUGGGGACAGCCGACACAUUGCCAGCAGUGAGCACCAGCCCCCGCUGAGCAGCGACUCGGACACCUCCCUCAUCUUGGCUGUGGAGGUGGGUCUGUCUGACAUGGAGCUCUCCCUCGGGCACGACCGUGAUGAGGUCAAGUCCUGAGCCAAUCAGAGCCAAGUAGGAAGAAAGCUCCCGGGGUCGACUUGGAGAUGAGAAACGGGACCGAAGGGGCAGCGCCUGGCCCCCUGAUGGGAGGUAGUGGCUCCAAAUAAAUAAGAGACAAGCAAGCAAUAGAACCCAUAGCAGUGCAACACACCUAUCUGUCCCCACUGCCUCAUCUACAGGGUCCUCCUGUCCUGCCUCCCUUUUCUGACUGCUGUCACGUUCAGUCGCCAUGGAAACCAGGCAGCCAAUCACAGCUCUUGUCAUUAGCCUCUGGACUGGGGGUAUAGUUUAGCACCUCUGUUAGUUGUCUCCAUGUCACCAUCACUUUAUUGACUCUUUGGACAUGUGACAUUUUGAUUUCUUUCUACGAGAUCAUCACUGCCAACGUAUUCCAGAAUGAAACACGGAAAUCUUUACACCUCGUUAUAGGAAUAUCUAUUUAUACUGUAUAUGGUCAAUAUAAGCCUCCUGCAGCAUGGGCUUUGAGUGUUGAAAACAGUUAGUGCGUGUUCUGAGUGACCAGCAUUUACUUGUGGUAAACUUGAAGUUGAUGUUUUUUCACCAUCUCUGCUUGAAAUAAUUUCCUUAACAUUCUACGCUGUUGGUAUUGUAGCAUUUAUACUAUGCACAUGUUGUCAAGCAUUUCUGAAUAUCCGAUUGUUAAAUUGCAUCCUUAUCCUUAAUUUAGGGGUCUUUAGGACUAUUGUUUAUUUACACUUCUGAAGUACUGUACACCAUGUGUUGUGGGGACCAACUACGAGUUUGUUUUACCACACCAGUUGACAAUCACAGCCCACGGUAAUGGAGAUUUGUAGUGAUGAUGUCAGCUACAGCCCUGUUUCAAACUGCUACAGCUUUAUUAGCACCGCCAGUAACACAGCACAGGAGGCGAUAGUAGUGGCUGUUUGUUCCGUUUUAAUGUCAUGUCACAUCUGAACUCGGUGUAUUAGAUAGCCCCUAGUCUGAGACAUCCCAGACCUAGGGCAACCGCACUAGUAUGCUGGAACAUUGGUACAUUGUGGGAAGCAACUGGUCCAUCUAGAGAGACUAGAUAGCCCCUUGGUGAAGGAAUACCAUGCAUUGGUUGUGGCUUUGGUUGACUGUGAAUUCAUUAUGAAAGAGUUGACUAAACCCUGUUGCAGAUAGUUUGUACCUCCUUAGUCAUUUCUUCUGAGGAUAAAAUGUUUUCUUUUUUUCCUAUGAUGAAUUCCAAAAUGGCAGGUUUUUUUGUACAUUCGUCGUGUAGGGAAACGAAAGUCUGACGAACAGCAUUUAUUUUAGUAUGAAAAUAAGUUUAUUUUUGUAAGAAAAAGAAAAUGGAGGUAAAUGUUUACAGUCCAGGAGAAAUGGAGUAGAGAGAAUAUUUGCCUGGUUUCAAGAGCUCACUGGUAAUGCUAAUGCAUUUUGAAUGACAUGUAUUAAUUCAUGGUUCCCCGAUUUUGACGACUGCUCUGUUUGUAUCAAAGGCCAUUUUUUUUAUUUGAGUUUGAUUCCUCUCUCCUUUGGAGUCCCCUCAAGGUUCUCAACACAUUAAUUGAUUUACAAAUGUGUACUUUCAUCCUUAACAUAUAUUAAUCUUAUAUUACUUUAAUAUGCAAUUUAGAUUACAUUUUCAGGCUAAAAUCUGCAUGAAAUGGCACAAGGCCACUGUUGUCAUCGAGCAUCUACUGCGUUUCUCUUCCUUACUAUGUGUUCGUUCAUUUAAUCAUUGGUUCCUUUAGGCCGCCAACCAAUCAACAACCAAUCAACUCCCAGUUAUGUAAGAAGUUCAUAUUACCCAUAUUCCCCCCUGUCCUUGUCAAUCAGAGAAGGAUUACAGAAUCUAUGGGAGAAUGUUGAAAUCUCCCACGCUUAUGCAUUAGGUACAUCUGUAUGCCCUCCUAGUGUGUCAGACUCCUUACAUUUAGCUUUGUUUUGCAGUAUCAGUUUGUGAAAUACACUACAUCUGUGUGAUUAAUAUUGUAUAAGCGUCAUAAAUGUAUAUUUAAUCAAUCGAUUGAAUGGAGACUGAAGAGUGAUGCAUUGAACAUGGCUCAGUUAAAAGCAUAUUCUUCCCACUUUUUGCAUUCCGAUUCUCUACACUUCUCACUAAGUGUGCACACUUAAAGUAAUGGAUUUUAUAAUGGUGGAAACGCCCUCCAGCCAAUGUUUACACCAAUCCAGUGCUUCUAAAUCAGUGAUGGGAACUGCACGGUAUAGGAGGAUGGGGAUUGAGUCAUGGAGGAGUUAAGUGCUCCACCAUAACUCAUGGCAUCGUUUUGAUAGAUGCUGAUUGUACUGUGUGCGUGUGUGCGUGCAUUUGUGUGCGUGAGUGUGUAUGCGUGUCUGACAUCUUUACUUGUGUGUGAAGCCAGAACAUUUAAUGAACACUUAUAGAAACCGGCGUGUUCUUCCAAAUAUAAAGUAAUGAAUGCACAUAUUAUAGUAGGUUCUUGUUUACCCCAAUGAUGGUAUAAUUAUGUCAGGUAUACAUAAAAUUACAUAAUAGAAACUCCUAAUUUAAAUAUAGCUUUUAGUUCUCUGUCUUUAACUGGUUGUGUACCAGUUGUGUACUACCUAGAAUGCAUUUUUUCACAUGAAGGAGAGUUCUGUAUACUACAACGAAAUGGCACAAAACAUCUUUUGAAUACGGUUGACCUUAAAUGCGGUUGACAGUUGACACGACCAUGUUUUUAAGAGAGAGGGCUACAAUAUUGGGAAUGGCACAUGACAAUUGUCACUGUAUGUGUGCUGUUUAAGAGUCUGUGUUCUUUUAUCUAGACUUGUAUACCAGCUGUGGGUUUUGGGAAUGUUAUGAAAAUGUUGUAUGCUAUAUCUAGCAGAACUCUACAGUAUUGCUAUUUUGUUAUAUAGGGGAAUAUGUAAAUAUUUUUGGCAGUGUUAAUGAUAUACAGUACAGUUCUAUAGUACAAUGUUGCACGUGUGUGAGUCAAUGAUUGUGAGGUACAAUACAUUUUAUUGCAAGUUUUUCCAACUGUGGUGAAGCUGUCUGGUUUCUAUUUCGUUAUUGUCAAUCAUGUUUAUGUCAACCCUCUCUGAUACCGUUAGGGUGAGCCAAUGCUAUUGAGAUGAUUUAUUCUGACACGAUUCAUUGGCCAAUAUGUAAAUGACCAUCAUAUGUUCCAGCGAUAUAAGCUGGUCUCUGCUGUUUCGUUACGAUAUG